AUGAGAGUGGCACGAGCCAGUAAUAAGACGGAACGCGAACUGCUGGAGGCCUGGGUGUCGCAUCCUAAUUCCAUAAACAGGCAUGUGGAUAAACCACCCUGUUAUAUUGCCAUCCGUUGCCGUGACCAGAAACCGGGGCCCAGUUCCUCUACAAGCGUGCAGGCCACCACUUCAAGGUCACACGCCAUUACUCCAGGGACGCCCGUUGGAGACACAAUAAGAGACCGUGAGAAUGGACUUGGCGUGAACAAGGACUAA